CCCUACAACCACCAUCACCAUCAUCGUUGUGUCGGCAAUGAUAGGUGUUGGUGUUCUUGUUGUUCUUGUUGCGGUGAUGUGGCGUUUCCGGCAGCGAAGGAUAUCCAAAGAAGAUGUGAGGAUGCGAUUCCAAGGCGAGACCGAGGUGGUCGAGAACAGCCUGUACGAGACCGUGGAGAACAUUCGCGGGACCGAGGUGGUCGAGAACAGCCUGUACGAGACCUUGGACAACACCCGCAGGACCGAGGUGGUCGAGAACAGCCUGUACGAGACCUUGGACAACACCCGCAGGACCGAGGUGGUCGAGAACAGCCUGUACGAGACCGUGGACAACACCCGCAGGACCGAGGUGGUCGAGAACAGCCUGUACGAGCCCUUGGACAACACCCGCAGGACCGAGGUGGUCGAGAACAGCCUGUACGAGACCGUGGACAACACCCGCAGGACCGAGGUGGUCGAGAACAGCCUGUACGAGCCCUUGGACAACACCCGCAGGACCGAGGUGGUCGAGAACAGCCUGUACGAGCCCUUGGACAACACCCGCAGGACCGAGGUGGUCGAGAACAGCCUGUACGAGCCCUUUGAAAACGUGAGGAAGCCGCGGUGAGGAAGAAGGAAAUGGAAGAGGAGGAGGAAGAUGAGGAGCAGGCGUGAAAACAUGGGAGGGCAGGCAACAAAAAGCCUGCUGGUUCAUCACGAGGCUGCCUGCUUUAGCGACAUGUGAAUCAGCUCGUCAGCCAAUUGAGAGACCUGCGCCACAGACUGAAGCACU